GGAAAACUCGUCUCAUAUCCUUUUCUUCCAUCACUACUCCCUGCUUGUGUCUAUUUUCUGUGUCAGUUUUCAUCAUUCAGAAGUUCUUUCUUGUCUCUAGUAAUUGUUUUUCCAACUUCACUUCUAUUUCACAAUGCUUGGAGGCGUUCGCCGAUUCGGCGUCGCACGGGUUCUCCGGGCGUCUGCUUUGCGCGCUCCUUCUAGGACGUUUCCCCAGCUGGCGAGAUGGCAGAAGCCAGCGACCCCAGUAGUCCCUCAGCUCGUCCGGUCGUUUUAUGGCUCUUCUAUUCUCCGCUCCCAGGCGGAAAUUGCUGCUCAGGAGCAGCAAGUGGAAGAUGCUGCAGAGACUUCCAAUGAAUCGCAGGCCUCGGAGUCUUUCGAGAACUUCGCAGACUUGGAAAGACUCGAGCUGAUCGACCCUCGGAUCAUCCGCACUCUUUCACAGAAGAUGAAUAUCACCUCUAUGACCGAUGUCCAGCGUAUGACUAUCAAGGAGACUUUGCAAGGACAGGACGUCCUUGCCCAGGCAAAGACCGGAACUGGCAAGACCGUUGCCUUCCUUCUUCCUGUUCUGCAGAACAUCAUGAACGAUCCUACUUUCAAGCAGUCCGCUUCCCGGGGCUCCUACAGCCGUCUCAGGAACAACAACACCUCGGCGUCUGACAUCCGUUCUAUCAUCAUUUCCCCUACCCGAGAGCUUGCGGAGCAGAUUGCGACCGAAGCCAGGAAAGUUGCUGCUGGUACCGGUGUGGUUGUCCAGACUGCUGUGGGUGGUACCCAAAAGAAGGAGGGACUUCGCCGGAUCCAACGCGAGGGUUGCCACGUCCUCAUCGGUACUCCUGGUCGGCUUAAGGAUAUUCUCUCUGACCCGUACAAUGGAGUAAGGGCGCCCACCCUUUCCUCCUUUGUUUUGGAUGAAGCAGACCGCCUGCUCGAUGAUGGAUUUUCGCAAGAAAUUAUGGAGAUCCAGAGUCUGCUUCCGGACCCUCGCAAGGUUGACCGCCAGACGCUCAUGUUCUCUGCAACUGUGCCCAAGGAGGUCAUGCACAUGGUGCGCCGGACUAUGAAGCCCGACUACAAGUUCGUCCAGACGGUUCGCGAGGAUGAAGUUCCCACCCACCAAUCUGUUCCGCAGAAGGUUGUAUACCUCAACGGCUUUGAGAACGCCUUCCCUGCUAUCCUGGAACUGGCCAAGAAGGCUAUUGCCGAAGCCGCCGAGAACCCGAAAGCGAGACCGUUCAAAGCUAUCGUCUACUUCAAUGCGACGGCUCAAACUAACCUGGCUUUUGAAACCUUCCGGGAGCUCGUUCUUGAUCCUCGGAACCCCCGUGGUGGUCACCCCCUCGGCAACACUGCCAUUGUCGAGAUGCACUCCCGUCUCACUCAGUCUCGACGGACCUCCAACUCGGAAUUUUUCCGCCGCAAAGAGAAAGCCAUUCUCUUUUCCUCUGACGUGACUGCCCGUGGUAUGGAUUUCCCCGACGUCACCCACGUCAUCCAGGUUGGUGUUCCCCGCGACCGGCCAUCGUACAUCCACCGUCUCGGACGGACAGCGCGUGCCAAAAAGGACGGCCAAGGAUGGCUGUUCAUCCACGAUGGAGAGCACUCGAGUUUCAAUCAGAAGCUCGGCGAUCUCCCGAUCGAGGAAGACGCUGAAACUCUGGAGACUGCCGCCGUGGACAUGACCCGCCCGGGCACUGUUCCCUCGGACUCCGCCGCCGCCACUACCCUCUCGCAGGUCAAGUACGCCAUGUCGCAGGUCUCCGAUGAGCUGAAGGCAGUCUCCUACCGCAGCCAGCUGGGCCCUCUUAUGGGCGUCUUCCAGCGCAAAAGGGAGCUGGUUGCGUCGUUGAAUGAUCUCGCCGUGCACGGCUACGGAAUGCCCGAGCCACCUACCAUUGCCCGCGAAGUUGCUCACCGGAUGGGCAUCUCCAACACGCCUGGUCUGAGACAGGGCGAGUCGUACUCCCGUCGACCUCAAUUCGUGGAUGACUUUAGCUCUCGUGGCAAUCGUGGUGCUCGUGACCGAUUCGACCAGUCCGAUUUCGGCCGUGGUUCCUUCAGCAGGAGGAGAUCGGGCGGCAGACGUUUCGAGGAUAAUGAGUAGUGGGUUUUCCCAUUCAGUCUAUUUCCACUGGGACGGCGUUUGGUAAAAAAACAUCUCAUCUCGUGCUAUUUCAACUGGGAGCAAGUUCUAUUGAAAAAAAGAAGGG